AUGUCGUUUGGAGCGCUGAGACAAAUUAUACGGCCAUCGUCCUUAAAAUCGUUACAGUAUCAAGCAUCUCGGUAUGUACAGCAUAAAGUUACGGAACAAUGUUCGAAUCCCGCUUCCCGUGGUCUCGUGUUGGGAGUGUACGCAGACGAAAAUGAUCGGCUGGACAUUGGCGUACUAACGCCUACGGCGGCCAAAUUCAAUGAGUCGUACACCAGUGGACGACUUUUGGAGCUUCUCCGGUUGGCCGGCCCCAUGCCCAAGCGGGGUGAGGUUCGAAUUUUGUACAAUCUCGAGCCUACCUAUUCUGCCGUAGCAGUUUGCGGGCUUGGUAGCGAGUGUCUUGGUUACGAUGAUGUAGAGAAGAUGGAUAUAUCGAAGGAAGCGAUCCGCAUAGCAGCUGCUCGUGGUUGUCAGGAGUUACAGCAGCUGGAAACCAGCCGUAUCUAUGUGGAAGAUUUUGGACAUGCUGAGUCGGCUGCCGAAGGUGCGCAUAUGGGACUGUGGGUAAAUCAGGAGCUGCGAAGCCCGGACCAAAGAAAGUUUGUACCACAGCUGCAGCUGUAUUACGAGCCCGAAUUACCGUGCGAUUCUAAUGGAUGGCGCAUAGGAUUGGCGAAGGCCGAGGCACAAAAUCUUGCCCGUCAGCUACAGGAAACACCUUCGAAUUUAAUGACCCCGACUACAUUUGCACAAAACGUUGUUCAAAUACUGUGCAACUCGGGCGUCAAUGUGGAGGUGAAGGUACGUGGAUGGGCGGAGAAUGAGGAAAUGACUUCCUUUUUGACAGUGGCGAAAGGUUCGUGUGAGCCUCCGAUUUUUCUCGAACUAAGCUACUACGGUACGGACACGAAGGAACGGCCGAUUAUAUUGAUCGGCCAGGGCAACACAUUCGACAGUGGUGGCCUCUGCCUGAAGCGGUUAGAAGCGCUAACGGACAUGCGGGGUGAUAUGACCGGUGCAGCAUGUGUCGUAGCAGCCAGUCGGGCAAUUGCGGCUCUGAAGCUGCCCGUAAACAUACGCGCGUUGAUUCCACUUUGCGAAAACAUGAUUGGAUGCAACGCAAUGAAACCGGGCGAUGUGAUUACGGUUAAGAAUGGGAAGAGCAUCGAGAUUGUGAAGACGAGCAAUGAAGCACCGUUAGCUUUGGUGGAUGCCCUGCUAUAUGCUGAACAUUUUGGUCCAAAGUACAUCGUGGACGUAUCGACCAUCUCGAAGGCGACAAUUGAAUCGUUUGGAAAGGUGUGUGCCGCUGUAUUUACGAACUCGGAAGAUCUCUGGCAGCGAAUGCAGAACGCCAGCAUUCACACCGGGGAUCGUGUGUGGCGUCUGCCGCUGUGGGAUUUCUACACACAGCAGAUCUGUUCGGCAGAUCACGUGGACGUGCAGAACAUUGGGCAGGGAGAGGGAGCAAAUAGUUGCAAGGCGGCUGCAUUUUUACGUGAGUUCCUGCCGUGCGGCAAAUGGAUGCACAUUGAUGCGCUAAACGUGAUGAAAACGAAAGGGACCGAUUUCCCGUACAUUCGGCGAGGUAUGGCCGGACGACCGACGCGUACGUUGAUCGAAUUUAUCGCCCAGAGUGUUGUUCAAUGUUCGGACUGUGGUAGUAGUAGCAGUUCUUCCAAGUCCGAGAAGCAACAAAUGUAAUC